GUCGCGCGGCGGCAGUCGGGGGGGGGGCAGGUGUCGCGGGGCGGGAGCAGCCGUAUCGCCGUCCUUUCCGUCCCUCUCCCGACCCAGAGGCUGCCGGCCUGUGGCUGUGGGAGCGCGCCUGUGAGGGGCUGAUUUGUGAACGUUUUGAGCCGGCAACGCGCGCUCGCAGCCCAGAGCCCGGCGUGUCCUCGGCCGCAUCCGAACUGCGCGGCCAGAGGGGCCGGGGAGGGGAUCCUGCCGCUCUGCUCCGCUCGCCUGAGACCCCACCCGUGUCCAGGUGUGUGUGGAAGGUGUUGCAAUGGCUGUCACAGUGAAAGAAUGCCUGGAGCUUCAGCUGCUGGAAGUGGAAAUGCUCCUUUCGAUGUUCCCCCAAAAAGGUGAAAUAAAUAUGGAUGAGAAUGCUGUGCCGAGUGUGCAGCGCUACUUGAGAAACCCUGAUGGACCUCUGCCCCCACAGCUUGAAUAUUCGAUUGCUGUUGAUGUAGGGGAGGAAAAGGUAAAAGUAGAACUGCAGGUACUGCUGCCUCAUAUGUAUCCUCAUGUAGCUCCUCAGCUUUUUGCAAGAUCAAAUACUCUGCACCGACAGCAACAGUUGCAGCUCAACACUGGUCUCACUUCUUACGUCAGCUCUUUGGAUUCAGGUGAACUGUGUAUAUAUGAAGCUGUCCAAUGGGUGAAAGAAAACAGCCUGCCUUACCUGGAAGAGGGUAAGAUCUCUCCUGGAAGUGCUUCCAGAGAAGUCAUGAUUAAAGAGACAUUGCAUCGCAUGUGGAUUUACAGCCAUCAUAUAUACAGGCAGGAACUGAGGAAGAAGAUUUUUGACUGUGCAAAGAAGUUAAAUUUGACUGGCUUCUGCCUAACAGGGAAACCUGGUGUCAUCUGUGUGGAGGGACUCAGAGAAAACUGUGAAGAAUUCUGGCGUGUUAUUAGAUAUCCCAACUGGAAGCAUAUUUCAUGCAAGCAUGUGGAGGAUGUGGAAACGGAGGGAAGCAUAGACAAUCUUCGUCUCUUUAGUGCUUUUGAAGACCUGCAGUUUCAGGUACAUGGUGAUUAUGGCCUGAGGAAUGACUAUCACAUGGAUCUUGGCCAGUUCCUAGAAUUCCUGAAGCAACAUCAAAGUGAACAUAUUUUUCAGAUUUUAUUUGGUGUCAAAGGCAAACUUUCAGACAAAUAAGAAUCUGUGUCCUAAGUUCUAAUUUUUGGCAGCAAGACAUGACAUUAACAUUGAAAUAUUGUGCCUUUUAGCUACUGUGAAAAUUGAAACUUUUUAACCUACGAGAAGAAUGGUUCAAGUAGUUAAUCUUGGGUUCUAUUCUCAGUUGCCACAUAUUUUUGAGAGGUGCUUACUUUUUUUUCUGAGACUCUAAAAACUGGCAUUUGUCACUGUGAGCCAUGCCUCAAAGUGCUUGCAAGGUGACAAAUAUCCCGCAGUGUAUUAUCCUGAAUUACACCCCUCUGUCUCCUCUUCUGUACCGUGCUGUGUGUUACUAAGCUGUAAUUAACUUGGUAUUGCUGUUGGAUACCAAAGGGGCUGCAGUCACAGACUAAAGUGGUUUCCUCUACAGAAGCACACACAGCCCAAGGCUUUCUUACUGCUACAUCCAUGACUCAAUGCAAGCAAUGUCUUUUACUGUUUCAUGAAGUAUCUGCUCUCACUUCAUUCAACUAAUCCAUGAAAUGCUGCAAAAUCUUGUGUUCAACCACAGGAACAAGCUUUGCUUUUAAAUAAAGGGCUGGGGGGAAGGAGAAAAAAGCCCAUAUCACUCAUUCCCUUGUAUGCUUUGGGUAGUGCUUAUACACUUUGACUGCUAAUACCAUGAUUUUUGCAGUCCUCUUCUAAUCAUGUCAUUAGGACCUGAUUGUGUUAAUAGUAAUUCAGCUGCUCAACUCAUGGCAUUUUAUAUUUACAUUGUUAGACCAAACACCUUGGAAAUGUGUAAGAUGUGACAAAGUUUAGUGUUUCCUCUGUUACGUACAUGACAUAAGGAAAUACAUGUAAAAUAUAGGAAAAUAAAAAAAAAAUAGUAAAUAAAAAUACACAUAACUUUACUAAUCUUUUCUAUGUCAAGUUAAUAGAGAUAAUUUUUCAAGCAGCUUGUAACAGGAAAUGUUAUUAAUGGCUUGUUAGGCAGCGCUUUCCUGCAGGGUAGUGUGCUGAGUGUGUAUUUAGAUAGUGAAUUGCAAACUCUACCUUAAAGAAACAUGAGUUUACCGCCAUCCCUUUUGAAACUGAGCGCCAUAAUACCAAAAUUGAUACUGAGCAAUAAAAGCAGUUACUUUUGAGCUGUGGACAUUUGGCUGUUCUGAUCUAAAAACCAGGCCAGCAGCUAUAUAAAGACUGUGUACAUUCAGCUGAAGACUAAAGAAAGAACAGACUUUUCUUUGAAAUGAAACACAAGGAAGUGUUUUACUACUUGUUUCAUAAUAGAAAUAAAUUGAAAUACAGAGGCUGGCAGUGCUUCUGGUGGCUCAGAAAGAUUAUUAACAUACAUUCCUUAACUGUGGUAAGUAUAUUGUUUGUAUGAGCGUAACUUUUCCCAAAAGCACAGUAAGACAAAAAAUGUUUACAGGUUCCCAUUAUGCAAUGAAAGAGGAAGUGCCUCGGGCCCUACAGUCUGCAGUGGUGACAGAGCCAAGGGGCUAGACAAAUAAAAUUCACUUUUGGUUUUGUAGAGAUAAUCUCUGUAGCAUGAUAGUAGAAAAAAUGGUCAAGUACAGUUGUUUCCAGAACUGUCCAGACACUAUUAUACAUUUUUCUUGGAGUGGUAAUUCUGUAACAACUAAUAAUUCUUUGAGGUUUCUUUAGAAUAUUGAUGUAUGAGUGCAGAUUCCACACAAUCACCACUUAAGAACAAUAAAACUAUUUGCAUUCAGUCCUGUUGGGAAGUUGCAACCUUUUCCUUCAAAAUAGCAAAGCAAACUGGCUUAGCAAUAGGCCUUCUCCAUGAGAUUUCGAACAAGGAAAUGGGAAAGGCAACACUAGCAUAGGUCGGAAAGUCUCUGCAGGAGACCAAUCAAGCAGUUCAGAGUCAAGCAGUUCAAGCUCUCUAAAGCUCAGCACAAGCUUCAUUCGGUAUUUUUAAAGUAGCAAACCGCUGUUUGGUACCAUGCAAUUGUGUAGUCUCAUAAGGAAAACCAAAGACUCAUGGCUUUUAUUUAUGGUAAAGGUUCAUUAUGAAUCCAGAAUAAUGCAGGUCCUGAGUAGCGUCCCUGGAUUCUUCCCUUGCUGUUUGCAAAGCAAAUCACUUUUUUUGCAGAAGAAUAAGAGUCACUGCCAAGUACCACUUUGAUAACUAGCCGCCAAGUGAGAAACGGUUAACAAAAGUAAGAUCUCUUAAGAUAAAAUUGCUGUGUAGAUGAAUGUACUCAGCCCGCUGGAUAAUCAAUGAAGUUGUAAAAACUAUUUUAAAGGCCAUACUGAAGAAACUGAGCUAACCAGAUCAUUCAAAGAGUACGAAGUGAGAGAAACAGUAAAAUAUCAAAGAAUUAAUAAUAUGCAUUUGUUCCCCCCAUAAUGAUACACUCUUUUUCCCAUAAUAAUUAAUCAUUUGGCAGACCUCAACUGGGUAAUCCGGAAGUUUGUUUCAAAGAAUAAUACUUUCUCACAUAUGAUAUGUGUUUAAAAAUACAUUGGCCUCAAAUACUACAUGAAUUAAUUAGUUUUAAUACAUAAAACCCCUGCUACUAGCCAGAAAACUGAUGUUUGUAAGAAAAGACUUAGUAAAAAAGUAGCCUAGUUAUAGAAUUCUGAUACUCUCUUUUUGUCAAGAACACUGAGUCCAAGCAAUUACUUGAACUUCAGGCCAAACAAUUAGAGUGUAUCAAACUGGCAGUUAUCUUGAUGGGGGAAUGAAAUCUUUAAUCAUUCACAGGAUUUCAGCUAACUGAUAUUGAAGUGUUUUAAUUAGAUGCAUACAAAAGGUUCUGCAGAUUCAGUUCUCAUUAGAAAAAUUUUCACGACUACACACAGGCUUUUCUUUGGAGGAAUAUAUUCUAAAUUUACUGUUCUUAAAAGUUUUCGGUUUUCAACAGCAGCUUGAGAAUUUAUGCAAAUUACACUGUGACCUGUAAUGGAUUAAACAGUCAUCAUAUGCAUUUCUUAAUUUUCCAUGCUACCAUAGGUCUGCCUAAG